UAACGCCACUCUUGUCAGUUGUCACUCUCUCUCUCUCUCUCUCUCUCACCAAUUGCGAUGGCCAUUCCCAAUGUUGGAAUUCCGACUCGGCAGCUCUUCAUCGGCGGCGAAUGGAUAGAGCCUGUCAAGAGGAACCGUCUACCCAUUAUCAAUCCCGCUACAGAAGAAACCAUCGGGGAUAUUCCGGGAGCCACUCCUGAAGACGUGGAUAUAGCUGUAGAAGCUGCUCGGAGAGCUAUGGCCGGGGAGUGGGGCUCCACCACAGGAGCUCAACGGGCUAAAUAUUUGCGUGCCAUUGCUGCCAAGGUAAAAGAGAGGAAGCCUGAACUAGGAACACUUGAAGCCAUUGAUUCUGGAAAACCUUGGUUGGAAGCAGAUGCAGAUAUCGAUGAUGUUGCAGCAUGUUUUGAAUACUAUGCUGACCUCGCUGAAGCCUUGGAUUCAAGACAGAAGACUCCCGUUCCUCUUCAUUUGGAUUCAUUUAAUACUUACGUUCUCAGAGAGCCCCUUGGUGUUGUUGGCUUGAUUACUCCAUGGAAUUAUCCUAUGUUGAUGGCUACCUGGAAAGUUGCCCCUGCGUUGGCUGCUGGUUGUGCUGCAAUACUUAAACCAUCUGAACUAGCUUCAAUUACAUGUUUGGAGUUGGGUGAAGUGUGUAAAGAGGUUGGCCUUCCUCCUGGUGCCCUUAACAUUCUAACAGGGUUGGGACCAGAAGCAGGUGCUCCUUUGGCGUCUCAUCCUCAUGUUGACAAGAUUGCAUUUACAGGCAGCAAUGCCACAGGGGUUAAAAUCAUGACGGCUGCAGCCCAGCUUGUCAAGCCCGUAACACUUGAGCUUGGUGGCAAAAGCCCUAUAGUUAUAUUUGAGGAUUUUAGUGACCUUGAUAAAGCUGCUGAGUGGACUCUUUUCGGCUGUUUUUGGACAAAUGGUCAAAUUUGUAGUGCAACAUCUCGUCUCAUAUUGCAGGAAAGUAUUGCUGCAGAAUUUUUGGAUAGGCUUGUGGAAUGGACCAAAAAUAUUAAAAUAUCAGAUCCCUUGGAGGAUGAUUGUAAACUCGGUCCACUUGUUAGUCAUGGACAAUAUGAAAAGGUGAUGAAAUUCAUCUCAACAGCCCGAAGUGAAGGUGCAACCAUUUUGUAUGGUGGCCAGCGUCCUGAGCAUUUGAAAAAGGGGUAUUACAUUGAACCAACCAUCAUAACUGACGUAAAUACCAACAUGCAAAUCUGGAGAGAGGAAGUAUUUGGGCCUGUUCUUUGUGUCAAGACAUUUAAAACUGAAGCUGAAGCCAUUGAGCUAGCAAAUGACACCCAAUAUGGCUUGGGUGCUGCGGUCUUGUCAAAAGAUCUCGCAAGAUGCGAGCGAUUGACAAAGGCUUUUCAGUCAGGUAUAGUCUGGAUCAACUGCUCACAGCCAUGCUUUUGGCAACCUCCUUGGGGAGGAAAGAAGCGUAGUGGUUUUGGUCGUGAACUAGGGGAAUGGGGACUAGAAAACUACUUGAACAUCAAGCAGGUUACACAGUACAUGUCGGAUGAGCCUUGGGGUUUUUACAAGUCUCCUUCAAAGCUGUGAAAAGAGACAGGAACAACUUCUGCUGCUGCAACCGUCGUUUAGGAGAAGCAGUGUAGUGUCUGUCUGUUACAAUGGAACACCAUAUAUGAAACUACCAACAUAUAUGUUGUUGUGCAUGUAGACAUAGUAUUCUCUCAUAGUCAUGGAUGCAUACUCAAUAAUACAGUACUAUGUUAGCCUCUGUAAUAAGCCUGUUUCUAAACAGGAUGAAUAGAUAAUUGGAUUUGUGUUCAAUCCGUGGCCUGCUUCGAUUUGGUUGCUAGUAAAGGUUAACAAUGGCAUCUUUUGCUUCUCUU